AGAAUCUUGAGCCACAAGCACAACUACCCCACAAUGUACUGACAUCAAAAGGGUUUCAAGAGAAGAAAUACUUGAGCCUCAGCUGUACUGCAGAAAAACUAAAACCCAAGAGAAAUUUGGAGAAACAUUCGGCUUUACUCAUAGGCAGGAAUUGCUUUAUAAACCACCACUGGGAAUGAUGUUACAGUGGAGUUCAACAGCAAGGGAAAGGAGGCAGAUUUUUUGGACAGCAUUCUGUGUUUUGAGCCUAUUGGAAGAUCAAGUUUCAGGUGAUGGUACAACAUCCACUCCUACUGCAUUAACUUCUUAUUCAAGAGUUUCCACCAAUGUAGCAUCAACAGCAGCAAUCAACUCCCUUCCAACAAAGGCUUCCACUGCCCCUACAAAUAGCGCUCAAACACCAAGAGCUAUUUCAAAUGUCACCACCAGCCCUUCAAAUCUCACUUCAACAGAGAAUGUAACACUUGUUACAAACCCCCCAGCAGCAGGCAAUACAACAUCUGCUCACAGCAAUGGGACAAUCACCUCAUCCCUGACUUCAUCUACACUUCUGCAAGCUGUUUCUUCAACUGAUCAACCAAAUAACUUCUCUGACUCACUUAACACAGCCCAAGCUGGUGACAGCAGUAUGAUGGGCAACAUCACAUGCUUGAAUAUCAAACAACUGACUACUUCUCAUGUGAUAUGCUUGAAACUCAAUGAGACCUACUCAUGUCAAGAAUUUAAAGAGAAGAAAGGAACCCACUUUAAAAACAUGAUUUGUGAAAAGGAGUCAAAUCAGUGUGACAUCAAACUGGCAGAUUCAGAGUUGAACAAGAAAUGCAUACUGCUGGUUGAAGUUAACAAGAAAGGUGCAGAUGCACUAGAUGCUUUCCUACAGAAACAAAGUGCUUUGACACAGCUAGGGAUACAAUAUGAAAAACAUGGUAUUGAAAAUCACAAGAGCUAUACCCGGAAGACACUUAUUGCCUUGGUUACCACUGGUCUGCUGCUAGCAUUUCUGGGAUUGGCUGGAUACUGCCUUAUGAAACGACGGAGCUGGAGCCCCAUGGGAGAAAGGCUGGGUGAAGAUCCAUAUUACACAGAAAAUGGUAGUCGUGGCAACACUGUGAUAUCUGUGGCUUCUCAAGAACAGUCUGACCUGCAGGAUAAACCAAACCUCAAUGGAGGAGCCCGAGAAAAUGGGACUGGCCAGCCAGCUGCAAAAAAUGGACAGUCAUGCAAGCCCCAUGUUGUUGCUGACACUGAACUGUGAAAUAUGCCACAGUCAAAAGUCUAAUUGAAGUGGCUUGAAAACCCAGAUUAGAAGGCUAGAGAAGCUAAGAAGCAAAGAGUAUUAUAAAUGGCAUCAUAAUCCUGUUUUAUUUUG